ACCGGUGCCCGCCAUGGCGUCUCAGCUCCGGCUCUGCUCUGCGCUGGCCCUGGUCACAGGUGCGGGCAGCGGCAUCGGCCGGGCAGUCAGCGUGCGCCUGGCCGGAGAAGGGGCCGCAGUGGCCGCUUGCGACCUGGACGGGGCGGCGGCACAGGAGACUGUGCAGCUGCUGGGCGGGCCGGGGAGCAAGGCAGGGGCGCCCCGUGGAACCCACACUGCCUUCCAGGCCGACGUGUCCGAGGCCGGGGCUGCCAGGCGCCUGCUGGAACAAGUGCAGGCCUGCUUUGCUCGCCCACCAUCUGUCGUCGUGUCCUGUGCGGGCAUCACAAGGGAUGAAUUUCUGCUCCACCUGUCUGAAGAUGACUGGGACAGAGUCCUAGCUGUCAAUCUCAAGGGCAUCUAUCUAGUCACUCAGGCUGCAGCCCAAGCCCUGGUGUCCAGCGGUUGUCAUGGCUCCAUCAUCAACAUCAGUAGCAUCGUAGGGAAGGUGGGGAACGUGGGACAGACGAACUACGCGGCAUCCAAGGCUGGAGUGAUCGGGUUCACCCAGAGUGCAGCCCGGGAACUUGGACGGUGGGGACCGAGGAACUUUUUUGCUGAGGCAUGGGAGGGGGUUCCUAAAGAAGGGUUCCUAAAGAAGUGUGCAUCACCUCUCCAGAGACAGCGCCACUUUCCCUUCCACAGAUACAGGAUCCGCUGUAACUCUGUCCUCCCAGGGUUCAUUGCAACCCCAAUGGUACAGAAAGUGCCGCAGAAAGUGCUGGACAAGGUGACUGGAAUGAUCCCGAUGGGACACAUGGGGGACCCUAAGGAUGUGGCAGAUGUAGUGGCCUUCUUGGCAUCUGAAGACAGUGGAUACAUCACGGGAGCUUCCGUGGAAGUCACUGGAGGUCUUUUCAUGUAACACCUCAAGGACCCCGGAUUCCACCGCUCCCCACCAUUCCACCGGCCUCCCACUGAUGAGGACUGAUUCCCAGGACACAAAAGGGGUGGGCAGUGUAUGACUCAGGAAUGCUGAAUAUGGGAGGCAGGGGUGCUUGUGACCCUAAUAAAUUCCAAAUCCUCUUCCCUGCCA